UGAUGAUUUUGCAGGAUGUCAAUAGUGUUGUCUGCGUUAUUCCUUGUGGGCGUAGCGUCGGGGAGACACAUCGGUAACCAUGGCAUCGACGCCCAAUUUGGACCAAUCGAAUUAACGGAGGCGCGACGCAUAUGCGCAUCGCUGUGUAUGGCAGGGCUCGGUGGCAAGGGCUGCGGAGAGCAAUGCCAGAGCAUCUCCCCCAUCGACCUUCCGGUACAGUUAGCCCGGAACGAGACUAGGGAUCUGCUCAGACCGCCGGCGUCCGUCUACUCGAGGCGUCGCGACGCCUGUCCACUCCUCUGCGACUACAGCCUGGGAGAGCCGCUGUGCAGCUGUUCCGCCGAAACGGCCACCUAUCGCACAGACUUCUACAGCAUCGACUUCGACAGGAUCUGCUCGUUCUUCUGCGUCAACCACGACUACAACAUCAUCGGCUGCCGCUCAUGCUCGAUCUACAGAAACCAGAGUUACGACACCUACUCCAUGCAGACCUAUCGUCCGGACAGGAAGAUUGAUUGGGAUGCCUGGUGCAGGGAGAGAUGCGCCGAGGGCGACGGGGGAGUCGCCUGCAAUUGCGACAUACUUCCGCUAUCCCUAGCCAAAAUGUCGGCGCCGGAACCGGAAACCAAAGAGUAGGAAACCACAUCUAUCUAUUAUUACUAUUACUGCAUGACCUAUGAUCCACCCUAACUUAUUUGACAUCGAAUAAAUCGAGCAUGUCAUAAUGCAUUUCGACAACAUCAUUUCCAACAAACUUGAACCAUAAGUAAUCCACAUCUUAACCUUCUAUCACUAUCCUUCAAAUAAAAUCAUAUUUAUUUUAUUUAUAAUGUUACAACAACAAAAAAAAUUCAAAAAAAAAACAAAAAUAUUUUUAUAACUUGUUUAUGUGAAGUUAUAAAACACUAUAUUUUAUUAUUAGCAUUAAGUGUUUUGAUGUCGCAAACGUAAAUCAAUCAAUUUAAGCAAAAUACCUUCAUAAUAAAAAAAUAUGGAAUCUUGAGGAACACCCAUCACCAAAUAAGUUAUUAGCCUUAAAUUGAUCGAAUUUGACGAUUGCGACUUGUUCAGAAUGUUGGCUUAUUAGUCAAUAUAUCAAUCUACGACUUGAUUUACUGCAAAUUCCUACAGAAUUCACCUAGAAAAUGUCAACGUGACGAAGAGAAAGUGUAAUUUGUAAGUACCUGCUUGAUUCUAAAUUAAAUAUAUAUGUAAAAUAAAUAUAAACAUGUAAAAGCGACAAAUAUCGUGAAAUGUCUUCCAAAUGCAUUGUAAAUAUUUAAAUAAGUUCUUUUAGUACAAGAUAAUAUAUAUACAUAACAUUUCGAUUACAUAUCCGUAGAUAUGCAAAUCUCUUCCGUUUCUUGAAUGAUUCUAUAUUUAGCUAUAGAAUGAUCAUAUCAUGGAAUUUUCUUCGGUGUAAAUAUAAAUGUAAUUAAUUAAAUUUAACAAAAAAAAUUCGGAACAAAAAGAUGCACCCUCCGAGGGUUCUAGAUAUUUUUCCUACUUAAGGUCAAUACUACUUGUAUUCAUUUGUAUCUAAUCUCUUUGCGUGUAACCGUAAGGGAAUCAAGGGGAGAUUUAGUAAUGUUGUUAACAUAACCAAAGUUUUUAGGCUGCCAAUGUACAAACAACAAAAUUAUUAUAAUAUUAAUGUCAUAGAUUUUACUUUGUUUUCUUUGUUUUUUUUAAUUGUAUC